AUCAAGCAUCACUUGCUCUCAAGAUCAAGAAUCRCUGGAGAGAGAGAGAGAGAGAAGUCGUUUUUGCCAUUUUUUUAUGCCUGAUUUGUUUUACUGCUAGGAGAAGCAAAAACAGAAAAGAAAAAAGAGAAUGCGAGAAAAAGAUAAAAUCUCGAUCAUCGUUGUUUUCUCAGAAUUCGAUUCUGGUUUUAUGGGUUUUCUGAGAUUUUAGAUUGUUUCUCUUCUCGGUGUUUAGUGUUUGUUCUGGAGUUCCAGAGAAAUGGCAAAGACGGGUGUGGUUGAGACCGAUCCAACGGUAGUGGCGAAGGUGGCAGAGUUGAAAAAGGAGUUGAAGAGGCUUGUGAAGAUAAUCGUGGAAGAAGAUGAGUCGCGGACUGAGACGUUUGAUCAGGCUAUAGAGGCUUUGUCUGGUUUGAAGGAUUUGAAGUACAAGAAAUCUCUCUCGCUUAAGCUUGAUGCUACCGCGUGCCCCGAGCAGUUCCGGUGUCCUCUUUCGAACAAACUCAUGAGGGAUCCUGUUAUCGUGUCCAGCGGACAGACUUAUGAUCGGCCAUUCAUUGAGAAAUGGCUGAAGGAAGGCAAUCGGACUUGCCCUCAGACCCAACAGGUUCUUUCGCAGACUGUCCUAACACCCAAUCUCUUGGUAAGGGACAUGAUUUCUCAGUGGUGCAAGAACCAAGGGAUCGAGCUACCCGACUCAUUUCGGGAUGCUCAGGAGGAAGGGAUUACACAGUCAGAUCGCGAGUAUUUCGAAUCGUUGCUUGAAGGAAUAUUAUCUGGAUCUGUUAGUGAACAGACAAAGGCUGCAAAACAGCUCCGGCAACUGACCAAACGAAUGCCUUCAUUCAGGGCUCUGUUCGGUGAGUCUUUAGACGCCAUUCCCCAAUUGCUUGUGCCGCUCACACCAGGCCAAGCCAGUCUUCAUCCUGAUCUCCAAGAAGAUGUGAUAACAACCGUCCUCAACCUCUCAAUCCAUGAUAGCAACAAGAAGCUUGUUGCAGAGACCCCAGAAGUCAUACCUCUGCUGAUGGAGUCUUUAACGUCUGGAACCAUUGAAACAAGGAGCAAUGCAGCGGCAGCCCUGUUCACAUUAUCUGCUCUCGAUUCCAACAAGGCCCUUAUCGGCAAGUCAGGAGCCUUGAAACCCCUGAUCAACCUUCUGGACGAGGGGCACCCAUUAGCCAUGAAGGAUGUGGCAUCGGCCAUCUUCAAUCUCUGCAUCAUGCAUGAGAACAAGGCCAGAGCUGUUAAUGAUGGGGCGGUGAAGGUAAUCCUGAAGAAGAUAAAAAAUCAUAUACUGGUUGAUGAGUUGUUGGCAAUCCUUGCAAUGCUGUCUAGCCAUCAGAAGGCUGUAGAUGAAAUGGGUGAUCUGGGUGCUGUGCAAUGUUUGCUUAGUAUUAUCAGAGAGAGCUCUUGUGGACGCAACAAGGAGAAUUGUGUUGCCAUUCUAUACUCCAUCUGUAUCAAUGAUCGGACAAAGUGCAAGGAAAUCAGAGCAGAGGAAAGUGCCCACGGUACGAUUUCUCAGCUUGCAAAGAAUGGAACUUCCAGGGCAAAGAGAAAGGCUAAUGGUAUCCUGGAGAGACUGAAAAAGACUGCAGCAAAUACACACACAGCUUGAAAAUUCUCGUUACACCUUAGUUUUUCUGUAAAUAGUGUCUCUGUAUUUUGCAAAUCGAUCUGAUUCGGUCCACCCCCCCUGUAAAAAUAAUAUCAUUCCCAUAUACAUGUUCCAUAUUGAACACCCGAACCGUGAUCUUCCCUUGCAUAUAAAAGGAAGAGGCUGGACUUUGGUCUCCCAGGAGAAGAGUUCUGUUCCAUCAUCAUCAAUAAAUACUAUGCCAGCUUUACUGGUAAGAUUUUGUUAUGGGUUCUCAUUAAAUGAUUUAAGUUUAAUUGAAUUUGAACCCUCACUCCUAACCUGGAGUGUUGGGUCAAAUUUGCUUCUCUUC